AAAAUUCCCGGCUGCCGUAUCCUGGAGGGAUUGAAUCUCUCCCUUCUGUGGAUCCAUUGGUGGGGGGGGAGUUCGGAGAGCUCCCCUUGUGUCUUCCCUUUCAUCUAUAAGGGUAAGACCCACCACAGCUGUACAGCUGUCGAUGACCAGAUGGGAAGGCCCUGGUGUGCUACCACUCCCAACUACGACAAAGACCAUCUCCGGUGCUUCUGCUUUAGUGAGGCCUACGGGGGGAACUCCAAUGGCCAGCGCUGCACGUUUCCUUUUGUCUACAAAAAACAGCUAUUUUACACCUGCACCAACGCUGGAGACAAGAUGGGACAUUUCUGGUGCGCCACAACCCACAAUUACGACCGGAAUAAGCUGUGGAGCGACUGCCCCGAUACCAUCCUGGGUGGGAACGCAGCAGGAAAGAGCUGUGCGUUCCCCUUCCUCUAUAACAAACAAAUGCACUACACCUGCACCAGCGACGGGGAGAGCUCGGGACACCUGUGGUGCAGCACCACCAGGAAUUACGACGUGGACAAGAAGUGGACUUACUGCUCCACACCAGACUACGACCGCCCCUCCCACGGCAAGCCCUGUGUCUUCCCCUUCACCUACAAGAAGUUUAAAUUCCACACCUGCACCAACUUGGCGGAGGCCAGCGGGAAGUUCUGGUGUUCCAGCACAGACAACUAUGACCGAGACCAUCGGUGGAGCCACUGCCCUGCCUGA